AUGCCGUUUGGACUUUCAAAUGCACUAGCCACAUUUCAGAGUUUGCUGAAUCAUAUUUUCAGGCCUUACUUAAGAAAGUUUGUUCUGGUGUUUUUCGAUGAUAUACUAAUCUAUAGUAAGAACAUGUCGGAACAUUUGGAGCACUUAUCUGCAGUUUUUGAAGUUUUACGACAACAUCAAUUGUUUGUUAAGCAAUCGAAAUGUACAUUUGCUCAACAGUCAAUUGGAUAUCUUGGCCAUGUGAUUUCAUCUCAAGGAGUAGCAGUCGAAAAUGAGAAGAUACAAAGCAUUUUAUCUUGGCCUAUCCCAACUACAAUUAAAGCAUUAAGAGGAUUCUUAGGCUUAGCUGGAUAUUAUAGGAAAUUUGUCAAAGAUUUUGGCAAAAUUUGUGCACCUUUAACUCAAUUAUUAAAAAAGGAUGCAUUCACUUGGACUGAAGAUGCAACUAAAGCUUUUCGCCUGCUCCAAUAA